AUGCAACCGAUUUCAUCGGCCAUGAACGGCUCAAUGGAUAAGAGGCCGAUGCACGUAUUGAUUGCUGGAGGAGGCAUUGUUGGGCUUACGGUCGCUCAAGGCUGCCGAGAGCACGGUAUCCCAUACACGCUGUUUGAGAAAGAGACAGAAGAGACACGGAGGCAUGGGUGGGCCUUGACGCUCCAUUGGUGUCUUGAUGCAUUCGAGAAAACCAUUGGGCACGAUGGAACAGCCAGGUUACCCGGUGUUGUGGUGGACUCGUCUCUCAAGCAAGACGCGGGUAACUUUCUGUUCUUGAACGCGGAGACUUGUGAGGCUCGGUUCAAGAUUCCGCCGGCCAAACGAAGGCUUCGCCUUCAUCGGCAAAAACUACGUGAUCUGCUCACUAGUGGUUUAGAUAUCCAGGAAGGAAAAGAGCUUACAGGCGUAGAAGAGAUCAAGGAUGGCAUCCGGGCAUAUUGUGCUGACGGCUCAUAUACUGAUGGCACUAUCUUAGUCGGCGCAGAUGGGAACAACAGUAAUGUUCGGAAGUUUCUCCUGCCGACUGAUCACGAACUUACCAAGUUGCCCAUCCACCUGAUUGGAGUUACACGACACUUCUCCCCUGAGCAAGCAGCCCCGAUCCGGGCACUUGACCCUUUGCUAUUUCAAGCACUUGACCCAAAGACGUCGACCUUUCUUUGGUAUUCGGUCCAAGAAAGCUUUACGGAGGCGGACGGACGUUUGUCAUUCAAUUGCUUGGUGAUUAUCUCAUGGAUCGUGAAGGAUGACAUCGCCGAUGCGAUCCCAAGCACACCCCGAGAACGGAUCGCCAUGAUAAAACGGCGAGCAUCAAACUUUGCCGAGCCAUUGCGCAGUAUCGUGAUGGACAUCCCGGAAGAUCUUGAUAUUGCUAUACCGUUGCGUCUAGGUGACUUCCCAUGUCGUGACUGGGACAAUCGCGGUGGACGAGUGACGCUUGCUGGCGAUGCGGCGCACGCAAUGACCAUGUACCGUGGCGAAGGUGCCAACCAUGGUAUCUUGGAUGCAGCACUCCUGGUCGAUGAGCUUAAAAGAAUCUGGAAAGGGGAAAUUGACCAGAAGACUGCAAUUGAUACAUAUGAGGCAGAGAUGAGACCUCGUACCCACGCAGCAGUCCUGAAAAGCCGUGAUGCGGCACUGGUUGCACAUCAGUGGGAAAAACUCACCACGGACAGUCCAGUUGUAUCAGCGAGACAGGCACCAGAUUCUGCAUUGAAGUACCACUAA